AAGGUACAUAUUCUUGCUUCCUUGGGUAUGUUAUUCAAUGCUGCGAACAAAUGACAAACCAGUUGACGAUCAAAGCAAAGGAUAAACUCCUUUUAGUGUUUUGGAAUAUAAUUUCUUCGUCCUUUAAAACUACAUUAAUUCGUCCAAAUGCUCUCAUUCUUCCGUACGUAUUUUCAUGGCAGAUAUCACCUUACCACAACAAGACGGGUUCUCAAGGUCAAUCUCAGAUACACCCCCUAAUCACUAUACGAUGAAAAUUCAGUCAUUUUCGCAACUCGCGAAGAAUAAAAUAGAUGCAUACCAUUCAUCUGAUUUUGAGGCAGGAGGCUACAAAUGGAAAUUGGUUGUUCACCCGAAUGGAAACGAAGACAAAGGUAUUACGGACCAUAUUUCCGUCUACUUAGUGAUUACACAGGUAGAGUCGCUCAAUCUUGGCUGGGAGAUUCGUGCAACUUUUCGAUUAUUUUUACUCGAUCAAAACAAAGACAAUUACUUUACACUUGAAGAUAUUGCCGGGAAACGGUUUCGCAGAAUGAAGCUCGAAUGGGGUUUCGAUACAUUUGUACCUCUCGCUCUAUUCAACGAUCUUGAAAAGGGGUAUCUAGUGAAGGACACUUGCGUGUUUGGAGCAGAUGUUUAUGUUACUCAUGAAAAACACACAGGAAAAGGAGAGAUUUUAUCAAUGAUAAAGGACGCCAUUAGCUACAAACACACUUGGAAAAUCAACAACUUCUCCACUUUAAACGACGAAUGUCUAGACUCCGAACCAUUCAAUGCUGCCGACCAAACAUGUGGAUGCAGGAAGAUACAAGUAUAUCCAAAAGGGAAAGGCAGUGGAAAGAACAACUUUGUAUCGGUAUAUCUGGCAUUGGCUGAACCAGAAAAACUUUCUCCGGCGACUAAAAUAUAUGCAGAGUUCACCAUAUAUAUAUUAGACCAAAUAAAUGGAAAAAAUUACUUUGGGACAGCUAAUUACUGGUUUAGUGGAAAAAAUUGUGUACGAGGUUGGCCAAGAUUCGUGUCUGCGAGUUAUUUUAAUAUGCAAUUGGCUGGUUUACUGGUGAAGAAUAGUUGCUUUAUGGAAGCAGAGGUGACGGUCCAUGGCAUGGCUAAUGAACUUUGAGAAAUGCUAUAUUAAUUUGUAUAUAUGUGACAAUAAUGUUCAAAAUGGUGAUUAAAAAAAAGGAAGAAGUGUGAAUUUUGGUUGAGAUCA